ACCGUUCCUGAGGCAAACGGCAGCCGCGGCCAGUUCGCUCCUCUAUUCUAGCAUGGUGGAUGUAUGGACAGUCUUACAGAGCAGAGGUUGACUUCUCCAAAUCUGCCAGCCCCCCACCUUGAACACUACAGUGUUCUGCAUUGCACCAUGACCUUGGAUGUCCAAACGGUGGUCGUGUUUGCCGUGAUCGUGGUGCUCUUGCUUGUGAAUGUCAUACUCAUGUUCUUCCUGGGCACGCGUUAAAUGGAUUUUUUCUCCUGAGCUGUUGGGGGCU